CUUAAACUCCGUGUUCAUUACACUGAGCAAUUUGAGGUGGCUGUAGAAACCACUGUCUUCCCAUUCCGUAAUAUUUUGUGAUAUGCACAUGAAGUUCUCUACCAGUAUUGAAAACUGUAUACAUUAAAGUAUAUUUUAGGUAAAUAACAGAAAUUGAAAACAUGUGGGAAAAGAAAUAUACCAUGGGGGAAGUUGAUUCCUGUAACACUAGGACAAGCCAAAACUAAUCAUAGUUCUGUGUGAAAUGUUGUAGCCUAAUAACCUGGUCCUACUUUGCUGAGGAAUUGCCUGGCACCAGAAGGCUUAGUUGUGAAAGUCAAGAUUUGUAGAGUGCUUUAGACAGGCCCUAGGUUUUCUCUUUCCCUGCUCGCUGUGUAUGGUCCAUUGGUAGCCACCUGCCAUGAAAAGAUCCUUUUUUGGUUUUUUUUGUCUCCUUCACUAGAGGAAUAUUUGACUAUGUGUUUUUAUGUAGAUGAAUUGUUGUCAGAUAAAGUAAUAGAAAUGAUGGGUUUUUUCCCAACCUGAGAGUUAUUGGACUGUUGUUUCAAUUUUGUUUCAGUUACCUGGCUAUAUCCAGAGGCACUAUGGAGAGAUGCCUUCAAACUAGUUGUUGGUUUAAAUUAGAGAGAGAGAGAUAGAUAACUUAUAUAUACUCUAACAGUUUAAUAUAUUCAGUUACUCUAAUAUUAGAGUUCUGGGUUUCAAACAUAGCAAGACCUUGUACAAAUAGGGUUCUUUGUUUACAUUUUUUUAUUUUAAAACUAAUUUUUGCACAGCUUUAUUCAAGAAAUAUACACCAGAGGAAGCCGAAAGCCAGCUGGAAUAGUUCCUGAAUGUGAUUUUAAUCUUGUUUGCAAUUAUUUUGAUGGAGAGAAACCAUCUGGAUCAGAAUUAAGAUGUUCUGGUUUCAAGGAAAUAGCAUGCAACUCGCCAAAUUCACAGGUCCUUUCUUGCGAAACCUCUCUGCCUCAAAUACAACUCUGCCUGUGCUGACCUUAUUUAAAAAGGAUCCAUGCCCGCUUUGUGAAGAAGCCAAGGAAGUUCUUGAGCCUUAUAAAAAUAGGUUUAUUUUACAGGAGGUGGACAUCACACUUCCAGAAAACUCAACUUGGUAUGAAAGGUAUAGAUUGCACAUUCCCGUCUUUCAUUUCAAUGGCCAGUUUCUGAUGAUGCAUCGUGUAAACACUUCUAAACUUGAAAAACAGCUUCUGAAAUUUGAGCAGCAAGGUGCUGGAGACUGACAAUUCCCCUCCUGAUUUUCCACCCUCUCUGUUAUGAUGAUAUCUUCUUCGCCAAGCCCUAAGACAUUCUGCACUCAGUGUGGUACCAUCUAAGUGUUGUCUUCCUCUUGUGAUUGAUGGAAGUACCCACCUGGGAACCAUGUAUUAUGGACUUUUUAGAAUAAAAGGAAUGUAUUGGCAGAGGGGGGUGAUGGAAAGAAGGAGAUGUCCAUUUGCUGUGUUUAUUCUCUUUCGUACUGACAUGGAAGUGCUGCACAUGCUCCAAAUAGAGCUGUUUAUAAGAAGGCUCUGUGUUCCUCCUGCUGCACUGGAGGCUUAGCAUUUUAAUGAGAGAAUAAAUGCUUUUCUACUCAGUAGAUAAACUAAAAUGUGAAUUGUUAGUAACUAUGCACAUUCAAAAAAAGGGAUGUUUUAACAAAUA